AUGGAUGUGGCACUCUACCGGCCAAAUCGCGUCCGUUUGGUUUCGCAGCUCGAGGAAAAGCUCGGGUUGAAGGAUGCCCCGAUUCCUGCGCUGUCAAGAGCCAUAUUGUGGUUGUGCGAUCUGGACCGUCUACAGGAGAUGGUGAGCAACCCUGACACUGAGGCCCUUCAGUUGCAAAUACUCUCUCCGCACAGGACUUUCAAGGUGAAGCGUAUCUUCAAGAAUGGUGAAGAACUAGACGACGAGCGCCAGAAAGACAGAUGGAGCAGAUACCCCCGAAAGGAUCAUAAAGCCAUGAGAAGAGCGGAGGCUAAGAGCUUCUCAUGGGAUGACGGAAGAUGCUUUAUGGAGCGUACUGGUGCCUUUCUCGAGUCUACUUAUAUUUUCGGUGAUGAUGACGCCUACGGGUUUGCAUUCUGGGAUUUGGUUUCCUGUUGCGUAUCGGAUGCCAAGGUCAACGCGUGGAGAGAGACAGUCGAACGGGGAAGCCUCACGCAACGGUAUGACAACAUCAUAACGACGUCCUCCAAUGCCCAUUUGUACUGGGACGCAGGGCUCUAUGCACUCAAACAUAUUGAGAUCUCCGAUGACCAGAAAACGAUGAAAGUGCAGUUCUUUUGGAAACCUCGCUACACCUGGGAGAAGAAGAGUCAAGCUGUAUGA